CGCUCUGCAUUGCGCAUGCGCAGCGGUGAGCGGCGUCCAGCGGCUCCCUUCUGCUGAGAGGUGGUUGCCAUGGAGCCGGCCUGGAGGCAGCAGGGCAGGGGGCGGGGCAGAGGUCAGGAUGCUGCAGGUGAGAGGCCCCGCCCCCAGCAGAAGGACAGGCCAGGUGUCUCUGCAGGACGAGGAGCAAAGACCAAGACAAACCCGUCUCCUGAACCUGCUAAAGCUGUAGGCGAGGCGGUCCAGUCCAAGUUUGAGGAGAUUCGGAGGUCCAACCAGGCCGCAGCUAAGCGCCUGGUGGAGAGCCACGUCAGCUCCUCUUCCUCUGAUGAAGAAAACGAUGAUGCUGGAGACAGACAGAGGGGGAAGGUCCUGGAGUCCACCUUCACCUCCUACACCAGCCAGACCGGUGGCGACGCCUCGGGUCUGCACAGAACCAAUCAGUACCUCAGUGACCUGUUCCAGUCCGGUGCGCUAACGUGUUUGAUCUGCAUCGCCUCGGUCAGGAGGACGCAGCAGGUGUGGAGCUGCUCCGGAUGCUUCACCCUCUUCCACCUGCCCUGCAUCCAGAAGUGGGCCAGAGACUCCGUCUUCCUCAUCUGCUCGGCCACCGAUGAAGACUUCGGACAGAAGCAGCAUCCCUGGCCCUGCCCAAAGUGCCGCACUGAGUACCCCCCCAGCGCCACCCCCAACAGGUACCUGUGCUACUGUGGGAAGCUCCAGGACCCUCCAGCCGACCCCUGGCUGGUCCCUCACUCCUGCGGCGCCGUCUGUCAGAAGGAGCUCAGACCCAGCUGUGGCCACGCCUGCCUGCUGCUCUGUCACCCCGGUCCGUGUCCUCCAUGUCCAAAGAUGGUCUCAGUCUCCUGCCUGUGUGGCCAAGCUAAGCCCCUCCCCCGUCGCUGUAGCAACAAGGCCUGGUCCUGCCAGCAGCCCUGUGGGAAGCUGCUGGCCUGUAAGCAGCACACCUGCUCCCAGACCUGCCACUCAGAGUGCCCCCCCUGCCCCAGAGUCAGCCUGCAGAGGUGCGUGUGCGGGAAGGAGGCGACGGAGAGGCCGUGCGCCAGCCCCCGCUGGAGCUGUCAACAGGUGUGCGGAGCUCGCCUGUCCUGUGGGAACCACACCUGUGAGGAGGAGUGUCACGCCGGGGCCUGCCCUCCGUGCCCUCGUUCCGUCAGCAGAUCCUGCCCCUGUGGGAAAACCAAGUCGUCCCUGCCGUGCACCGAGGAGGUCCCGCCCUGUGGGGACACCUGCGACCGCCGCCUGUCCUGUCAGAAACACACCUGUUCCAUGAGGUGCCACCGGGGGAGCUGUGAGACGUGCAGACAGGAGGUGGAGAAGGAGUGCCGCUGCGGGCGCUACCGCCGCCACAUGGCCUGCCAUAAGGAGUACCUGUGUGACUCCAAGUGUCCCAGAACCAGGAACUGCCAGCGGCACCAGUGCAGGAGGAAGUGUUGCCCAGGUAACUGCCCCCCCUGCGAUCAGAUCUGCGGGCGGACGCUGGGCUGCCGGAACCACAAGUGUCCCUCCGUCUGUCACCAAGGAAGCUGCUACCCGUGCCCAGAGACGGUGGAGGUCCCCUGCAGCUGCGGCUCCACGGUUCUGGUGGUUCCGUGCGGCCGAGAGAGGAGCACCAAACCCCCCCGCUGCAAGGAGCCCUGCAGGUCCCCCCCCUCCUGCCACCACCCGACCCGGGAGCCCCACCGUUGCCACCCGGGCCCCUGCCCCCCCUGCAAGCAGCUCUGCUCGCUGCCUCUUCCCGCCUGCAGCCACACCUGUCCUCAGCCCUGCCACGACCUGGUUCUGGUCCGGUCCCAGCAGGUCCAGCUGGCCGGUCCGUGGGAGCAGCCAUCAGAACCGGCGUUUGUGAAGAAGGCUCUGCCGUGUCCGCCCUGCCAGGUCCCCAUCCCCACAUCCUGCUUUGGAGAACAUGAGGUAAGAACCAGAACUUUUCUCACACUGAGCUGCGGCCAUCGCUGUAAGCAGGUGUGUCAUCCAGGUGUGUGUGAGGAGAAAUGUCAGCAGAAGGUGAAGCUGCGCUGUCCCUGCAAGAGAAUCAAGAAGGAGGUGCUGUGUUCCCUCUCAGCUCAGACUGUCCUCCAGUGUGAUGACGUCUGCAGAGACCAGCAGAGGAAAGUCAGCCAGGUGAAGGAGGCGGAGCAGAAGGCGGCUCUGGAGGAGGAGCAGAAGAAGCUCCAGGAGGAGCUGGAGGCCUUCGAGAAGCGCCAGCAGAGAGGAGGCCGCAGGGGGAAGAGGAGGGGCAGGAAGGAGGAGGUGGACGACGAGCAGGAGAGGGCCAGGAGGUGGUGGAGGAGGUGCACCGCCUUGGUCCUGGUUCCUCUGGGUGGCGCCGUGCUGUCGGCUGCUGCCUACUACCUGCUGAGCCAGAGCUGAAGCUCCGCAGGCUAACUGGGAGCUCUGGUUCUGCUGCUGAUUCCUUCAUCCGCUUCCUCUGCUCACAUCAACUGGUUUCCUGCUUGGACAAACUGGUUUCCUGUUUGGACAAACUGGUUUCCUCUUUAGACUGACUGGUUUCCUGUUCACAC